AUGAGGCCCGUUCCGACACCAGCAGACGCAGCCCGGAGCACGCCGUGUCGCAACGAUGCGGACGUGCUGUCGUCGAGCGCCACAACUCCCAUAGCUCCGUUUUCCUGCUUCCUCGCGACCGAGGCCGAGCUCGAUUCCAGCGAAGCUUCGCCAGAGCUGAGCCCUCGUUCACGGAGCUAUGCGUCCAAGCGGAGUCGCAGCUCGAGUGUGUCCGCGUCCGACCGUUCCGCGCGCAGGAAUCGCCCGGCGUCCCCGUCCUUGUCGUCGGACAUCGAUCACGGCCUUUCACAGCCCAUGACGCCAGUCUUUACAGGCGUUUUUGGCCCAGGCUCUGCCAUGAGCGUGCCAUCAUCUCCAGCCAUAUCGUCUAGCGUGUCGCUCUCGGAGGAACCCCACAGCAUGUCGGGCAGCUUCCCGGAGCUGUCACCGGGCGCCUCACCGCGGCGAAGUCCUGUCACCGGCGACCUGGGAAGUCCCGGACCACAGUUGGUUAUGCCCAGUCUCACCGUUCCUCGCCGCCGCCCCUUUUCGGAGGCAGGCAAGUCGCUCGGAAAGCUCAAGGUUCUCCUGGCGGGUCCAACCGGCAUCGGGAAGACGUCUCUGAUUUCAGCCAUGGCACAGUCCUGUGCUCACAUUGUACAUAUGGACUCUCUGAGUCCAACUCCGGCCGACGACGUAGCCGAAGUACAUGCCAGCACGAGGCCACAUCCUUGGUGGCGAGCUGACAUGGACCCCGCAACCUACAUCCGGAGGAGACGGAUGUCAUCGGCGACAGAGGAGAUAUUGGACCGGAACUUGUGUUUUGUAGACUGCCCGGGAUCGAGAAAUACUGCCAAGAAUACCCGGCCGGACCUUGCGUACGUCGAGUCACGGUUGACACGGCUUUGCAACAAGCCUAUCGAGGACUCGGAUCUCUGCACACUUCUCAGCAAUGGAGCUGAGCCGAUUGUUGAUGUUGUUCUUUACUUGCUGCCUCAUUCAGGCCCUGACGCAACCGAUGUGGAUACCAUCACGGCCCUGCAGGGCAUGACGAAUGUGAUUCCACUCCUUGCGAGGGCAGACGAGCUCAGCAGUGAAGAGGUCACGGCGUCCAAAGACAAGGUCGAGGAAGCUCUGGGAGACUCGCACGCCAAUUGCUUCUCCUUUGCCAGCCCCGAGAGCGUGGGAGAGUCCACACACGUAUUUGCAGUGUCGAGCGCAACUCGCUCGGACCCUGAAACGAUCGAUGCGAGCAUCCUCAUGAGCUCCGACUACCUUCAGCCCCUGGUUGACACGGAGCUCAGUCACCUGGUCGGCCACAUUUUUUCACCGGAAGGCUCUUCCUGGCUAAGGCACUCGGCCGCGCUCAAGGCGGUGAGCUGGCGCCGGCACCAGCUUCGCAGCAGCUCUCUUCAGUCUGCCCUGACGUGCCGGAGGCUGCCCGCUGAGGGGGCCUUGAUCCAGUACGGGGUGGCCAAUCCGUACAUGGAACGACAAUACUGGGGCCGAAUCGAGCUAUCAAGCUGGGCCGAGGGUUUGCGCCAGAGUCUCGCGGCGGAAAGACUUGGCCAGUCCCACCAGUUGCUUGGGCACGAGUUGUCCAGAAGGGAGUUGCCAUUGAGCAAGACUCACGGAAAGGGUCGAUCGAGCAAGAGCCGGCGGCGAGCUGCCGAAGAACCAGUAAACCCGAAUCACCAAGAUCCGCUAGGGCUUUUGGAGCUGGUCGGGCAGAUCAAACACGGAGGCGGCGUCACCUUGGAGUUUAUCAGCAGCAUGGGAGUGAUGGGCUGCAUUGCUGCAUGGUUCAUUCGGCCUGAGCUGGCACGUCACUGGGACGUGAAGCUUCCGCCGCCCUGGUGUUUGGCCGCUUGCUGA